AUGGCUAAUAACAACAGUUUCCUUCUCCUGGCUAUUGUGCUCAUGGCCGCGGCGGCUCCUCCGGCCUAUUCAGCAACCGUAUCUGUCAAUGUUACUACUAUCAGCGUGUCGGGGACACUGCCGACCAUCUUACCGGGUGGCGGUAUCAUUCCGACCGUGCUGCAGUUGAUCGGAGUAAAUGUUAGUCUGAUAUGCAAUGGUUCUCUCAUCGGACAAACUACCACGGGUCUCCUCUCGCUCGGGAAUUUUAACAUCAUAACCGCUAACCUGAGCGCUAUAGAUCCCCUAUUCAUUGGUGUAAACGGCUCCAUUCCUUGCAAUGUCACCGCCAGAGUUCGCGGCGUCGGAAGUAUAAUUCCGUCAACCGGUCAGAUUAUCAGUGCUCCAGUCACUGUUACAAGUAUUAUCUUUGGUGCCCUCAACGGUGUUAUUUCCGCCGUGACUGGUGUCUUUUCGCUUGUCGGAUGA